AUGAGGAAUGCAACUUCAAAAGUCAAAGCGGAAUACAUUACAGACCUAGUACACCAUACACUACAAGAGAUAACACCCAAAUUUGUCAUUGAAGAAAUGAGAAGCAGAUAUGGCUUGCACAUUGGUUACCACAAAGCAUGGCGUUCCCUCCAACACGCUUAUAAUGUCAUAAGAGGAAGCCCAGAAAAUAACUAUAGACUUCUACCGCAAUAUCUUCACAUGAUGAAAUUAAGAAAUCCUGGAACAGUUGCUAACAUCAAAUGGACCGCUGACAAUAAGUUUAAGUAUGCUUUUUUCGCCCAUGGAGCAUCAAUUGAGGGUUGGAAACACUGCAGACCAGUAAUGAUGGUGGAUGCAACCUUCUUGAAAUCAAAAUACCGCGGUGUGCUCAUGAUAGCAGUAGCAAAAGAUGGAAACAACUGCAUAUUUCCUCUCGCAUUUGGUAUUGCAGACUCUGAGAAUAAUGAAUCCUACAGGUGGUUCUUCAGACACGUGAAAAAGGUGUUUGGCACGCGCAAAUACCUAUCAAUUCUUUCCGAUCGCCACUCAUCAAUUGCAACUGCAAUCAAAGAACUGUAUCCAGAUACCCAGCAUGGAAUAUGCAUCUACCACAUGGAGAAGAACUUGCAGAAAUAUUUCCCAUCCGAAGCGAUCCUAUCACUGUUCUACAAUGCAGCAACUACCUACAAACAGGCAGAGUUUCUUACCUAUAUGUCACAGAUACAAGAAAUCGAUCCAAAAUCUGCAGAAUACAUAGAAGAAGAACCACCGGAAAGAUGGGCACAUGAAGGAUAUCAAUACAAUGUAGACCUGAAGAAUAUGACUUGUGAGUGCUUGGAGUUCCAAACUGAUGAGUUACCGUGCACACAUGCCAUGGCAGUUAUAGACAAAAGAAGUUUGCCAAAAUCUACAUACUGUGCGGACUGGUUCAAGAAACAAGCCUGCCAUGAGACAUACAAAGGUGAAAUACUAUCAGUUGGAAAUCAAGACUCAUGCAUUAUUCCACAAAACAUUAUGGAUAUUAAAAUAACGCCGCCUGAUGUUAAAAUAAGACCUGGAAGAAAACAGACAAAAAGAUAUCGCCCAAGAAGAGAAUCGACAAAGUACACAUACAGAUGUGGUAGAUGCAAGUUCUUUGGACACACUAGGGCAACCUGUAACCACAGUCCAGCUCUCAAUUCAUAUUCAAGAAGAUACAGGAAGAGGAAAUUGUCAUCCUAA